AUGGUCCUCUUCUCUGCUCAGCUCCAUCCCCAACGAGCCCUUGGGUUCUUAGUGCUUGGUGCUUCGUUACAUGACAUCCUUACCCGACUCAAGGCCGAGCCGCAACGAUUCCCAAAGUUGGAGCUAUUUUACUCGCCAACCAACCCUCUAUCAAAAACCGUUGCUGUAAACCUGCCGGCAAACGGUCUCCGUCUCAAGUUUGAUGGACCAGAGCAGCGACUGCGGCUUAUAGAAGUUCUCGACUUCUCCCUGAACCAUAUUACUCUGAAGCCCAGCAACGAGAAAGAGAGGGACCUCGUCCGGCCACCAAACCCGAACACGGACCCAGCUCAGCCUGCGGAAUCACCAAAGGGCCCUACAUUCCGUCACAUUUACCACCGUUUUCUGGGGCCAACAUACCCUGGAGAGUUCAUUCCUGCCCAGCCGGGUCCAGAGCCUGGGCCGGGGAUCUAUGUCCUCUCAUAUCCCGGUGUUGCCUUCACAUUCCCCAUGUCUGCAUCUGAAUAUUCUUCAGGAAAGGACAAUGUAGCCUUGAUGUCGUCAUCGGGCAGCCAGGUUGCUACAUCUAUGGCCGUGUUUUCUGGGAAUUCUUGGGCCGAGGCGCGGAAUAAGCUGUUCACAGAGGUUCUCCCCAGUGUCAAAACUUUUGCUCCCCUUGCCAAGGGCAAAGAUGUAUGCCCAGAUGAGGUGUCUCUAGUCCGGAUACAUGGGGGUGGAAAACUACAGUUAUUCCACCGAUGGACAGAUAACUCGACCUGGAUUACGUUGGGAGAAACCACACCUCAGCACCUCGUCGCAGAACUUGGCCCGCCAGAUGCCAUAUACCGGAAGAACGACCAGAAGAUGUACAUACAUAAGAUUCGGGCUGCCAGCGACAGCAUGGCCAGGCCUAAUAGGAACGACCUGAAGCAGCAGGACGACCUAACUGAUACUGACCAAUCGUCGGCUCACACAGCCUCGGAUGAUUAUGACUCAAACGAGGACGCUGUCGAGGAUGACGUGGCGAAUAUCUCUGGGGAGUGUUUUUAUAACUACUUCUAUCUGGGAUUCGACAUCCUUGUAUCAACGCCGGUUACGCCCUCACGACCCCCGCCUUCCAAGGGAGCAGACGUCAGCGUUCCAGGCCGGGGAAUCAGGCAAGUAUCUCCCGACCAGCUCGUGGCCACGAAGAUGAUUCUGCAUGGCAACGUGCCCGGGUCGUACCCGUUCAAUAGACACCGUCGGUGUCGUUGGGAGAUUCACUACCUGGAGGAUCCCGGAUCGGUGGAUGAGCCGGUGACGAACUCGGAGACUCCAUUUACGGAAAUUGAAGAAAGGUUGCGAGACGAGUGGAAGUCAAUCUACGCCUCCGAAGAGGAAGCUAGGCAGCAGCAGCGGGGGAUGGUCCUAAAUAGGGGCUGGGGGGACAGUCCGGGGUCGAGCUGUGAGCUCCUUGGGGGGUGGGAAGAGAGUGGAGGGCGCAAGGCUGGCGUUGGUGGCAAGAAGUUUGACGGCAGCGAGGAUUCGACAACUACUCUGUACGGUUUCCCUGGGCUCGUGUUUGAGGUGUUGAGGAAUGGCUUUGUGAGCGCAGUGACGGUGUAUUAA